GCACCUCGAAGUGACUGACCUAUGAGAUGGCAGAGAAUGGAAGAGGUUUUGACAUGAGGCGCACCGCAAUGAGCAAAGAACACCACAAUGGAAGCUUUCUAGACUCCUCUUUGUCGAGUGAACAAAGGCGGAAAGAACAAGAAGCACGUCAGAGUAUUGUCCUCUGGGGAAAACCAGUUCUUACCUUGCAGUAUUUCUUCCUGGAAACUUUAAUAAAUGCGAAAGAGUGGACCAUAAAGCUGUGGCAUCGCCGAAGGAUAGUGGUGUCUCUUUUACUGCUGCUUGCCAUCCUUACAUCUACGUAUUAUAUCGAGGGAGCGCAUCAACGGUAUGUGCAGUAUAUGGAAAAAAAGCUUUUCUGGUGCGCCUACUGGGCCGGCUUGGGCAUCUUGUCCUCGGUGGGACUUGGAACAGGUCUUCACACCUUUCUGCUCUACUUGGGCCCACAUAUAGCGUCAGUGACACUCGCUGCUUACGAAUGUAACUCGGUGAAUUUUCCCGAACCGCCUUACCCGGACCAGAUUAUCUGUCCCAACAAAGAGGGAGUGGAAGGAUCCAUUUCGUUAUGGACCAUCAUGUCCAAAGUCAGGCUGGAAGCCUGCAUGUGGGGUGCUGGAACAGCCAUUGGAGAGCUGCCUCCGUACUUCAUGGCCAGAGCAGCCCGACUGUCCGGAGCCGAGCCAGACGACGAGGAGUACCAGGAAUUUGAGGAGAUGUUAGAACACGCACAGGGUGCACAGGACUUCGCCUCUCGGGCUAAACUGGCCAUCCAGAAUUUGGUGCAGAAAGUCGGGUUUUUCGGCAUCCUGGCAUGCGCUUCCAUUCCCAAUCCUCUCUUCGACUUGGCCGGGAUAACAUGCGGACACUUCCUGGUUCCCUUUUGGACUUUCUUUGGAGCCACCUUGAUUGGAAAAGCAAUCGUCAAAAUGCAUAUCCAGAAACUUUUUGUGAUAAUCACCUUCAGCAGACACAUAGUGGAACAGAUGGUCUCCUUAAUUGGCUCCGUGCCCGGCAUUGGUGCCUCGCUGCAAAAACCUUUUCAAGAGUACUUGGAAGCUCAGCGGAUCAAGCUGCACAGCAAAGCCAACGACACCCCCCAGGGCGAAAACUGGCUCUCCUGGACGUUUGAGAAAUUGGUUAUAAUUAUGGUGUGCUAUUUUGUCUUAUCCAUUAUUAACUCCAUGGCCCAAAGUUACGACAAGCGUCUCCAGCAACGGAGGAACUCCGAGAGGAAAGCAAAAUGAGCUGGAGCAAGAAAGGGAGGGAUAAACCCCAACUUCCACCGGAAUAACCAGCCUCGCGUUUAAUAAUAAUAAUAAUAAUAAUAAUUUGCAAAAGAGGGACAGGGGUACGGGAGGGCGUCUAGGGGUGGACUCUUCGGUUCAAGUAACUCGACCAUUAGUCAUGGAUCACCAUCUCCACGUUUAAAGGUAACACGUGUACCAUUCUUUCAAUGUAAAUUAAUUUCUUGUCUUAACAUAUAUGCUCGCUCACAUCCAAAUUCACUACAGGGCUGGGUUAGCGUUGGGGUAUUUCUCCCCCCCCCUCCCCUUGUCUUUUCUCAUUUUUUACAAAAAGUUCCUUGCCUUCCAGAACUUUUAGGGCUACUGGCCAUGAUGUUUAAUGUUCAAGAUGGACCAGUCUCUCCCUGAUGGGUGCAAAACCAUCCCUCGUCUUAACCUGACUAAUCUUAGAUUUACUAGCCGCAGGCGUGGCCCUUUGACGAACAUCUGGAAAUUCCCCAUUUCAUGUUCACGUGAAAAGUCGGGGCCUCUGAUUUUUUCUUUCCCUUGGACCUAUUUUGAAGGGCAUUAAGUCAACACCCUCUCAGAUCAUUCCAGACUUCCCUCUUUGGGUCUUUUAAAACUGUCCUCCGUUCUUCCCCUUUUUCUGUGUGUUCCGGUAAAUCCUCCCCCCUCCCCGUUUUUUUUUUCUUUUUAAAAUUUUUUUAUUUUAGUUCCUUUGCAUAAUCUUUCAACCCCCGUUGUGGUCGAAUUGCUUGCUCUGCUCCGUUGGGAAUUCUCGCUUUUUUGGGAUUUUCCCAAGAAACUCCUUGCUCAGAUAAAAGAAAUAGACAGGGUGGGUUUUGACACUGUUCAGUUAUUUUUAUUUAUUUAACUGACCCCGUAGACCCGACACCUGGAGUUAUCCUCGUGUUGGAUUUUUUAAAAUGGUUAACUCUCGCAGUGUUUCCAGAGCGCUGUUUAGGAAACGCACAGGAAGUUGGUUUUGUAAGAUGCAGGUAACUGGAAAGGUAACUGGAAUAAACAACAUUCAAAGAUA